AUGCAAUUAUCAACUACCGUCUUAUCUGCAUUGGCAUUUUCCAUUGCUACAAUUGAUGCUUUCCCAAUUCCACUGCAAUCUGAACAAUUAUCUUAUAAACCAUAUACUCAAGAAGCUUUAGAUCAAUUUAACGUUCUUAGAUUCUUAUCAACAUCAUCACCAUAUAUUCAAAAUCCAGGAUAUGGUAUUUCAAAAGAUACACCAUUUCAAUGUAAAGUUACACAAGCAAAUUUAUUAUCAAGACAUGGUGAAAGAAUUCCAAGUGAAGAUAAAUUAGAGAAAAUAACUAAACAUUUGGCUGAUAUUAAAAAUUCUUCAGAAGAGAUCAAAGGUCCAUUGAAUUUCUUAAAAUACUAUGAUUUUGAAGGUUUAGAUUUAAGUAAAGCUGAUGAUGAAACCGCUAAAGGUCCUUACUCUGGUCUUUUGGAUUUAUAUACACACGGUGCCCUAUUUAGGGAAGUCUAUGAUGAUAUAUUCAAUGAAAAGGAAGGUGUUAAAUUCUUUUCAUCAAAUGGUAGUAGAAUAGUUGCAUCUGCUAAAAGUUUUGCCCAAGGGUUCCUAGGUGAAGAUUAUAAUGAAAGUUAUAUCAUUCAAAUUGAAGAAGAUAAUGAAAAAUUAGGUGCUAAUUCUUUAACUCCAAUCAACUAUUGUAAGAAUUAUGAUUGGGAAAACGGUGAAGAUAAAAUUGAUAGUGUCUCUGAUGAUUACUUAAAGGAUAUUGCUGAAAGACUAAACACUGAAUCACCAGGAUUGAACAUCUCCAAGAAAGCUGUUAAAUCAUUAAUGGAUUAUUGUGGAAUUGAUUUAAUUGUUACUGGCUCAAGUGAGAUUUGUGAUAUUUUCAAAUCUGAUGAAUUUUUGGCUUAUUCUUAUUCAAAUGAUGUUAAAGUUUAUUUUGAACAAGGUCCAGGUAAUAAUCUUUCUAGUUCAGUUGGUGCCGUUUAUGUUAAUGGAUUAAUCAAAUCUUUAAAAGAUAAGAAUGCCAAUUUGACAUUAUCAUUCACACAUAGUUCAAGUAUGUUCCCAAUUAUCUCUGCUUUAGGAUUGUAUGAUGGUGAAAUUCCAACUGAUUAUCAAGAUUUUGAUCAUCCUUGGAAAGUUUCAAAUAUCAUGCCAAUGGGUGCUCGUUUAGUUUUUGAAAGAUUAGAGUGUGAUGGUGAAGAUGAACCAUUUGUUAGAAUUAUUCAUAAUGACGCUGUAUUACCCUUAAAAGGACAUUCAACAGGUCCUGGUUUCAGUACACCAUUGAGUGACUUUGAAGAUUAUUAUAAUGAUAGAUUUGAAGGAAAAGAUUAUGUCAAAGAUUGUGGAUUAGAUGAAGGUACACCAGAUGAAUUAACAUUCUUCUGGGAUAAUUAG